CGAGCAGCAGACCACAGCUGACCACAGACAUCCUGAGACGGAAGCUCCCUUUACACCCGUGAACUUCACUCUUCCACACACCAAACCAGCCUAAACAGAGCAAAUGGAGUACCAGAGCAGCGCAGACAUGAACGGCGUGUGCAGCAGCAAGCUGGUCACAGAGUACCUGUGCCGAAACGGCUUCGGCGAGCUGACCAUCGAGUCCAAGAAGCUGCCCGUCCAGGACCAGAGCGAGACGUCCCGGAAGAAGGCGGAGGACGAGUCUCGGCUGCCGGCGCUGGAGGCUGCCUACACGACCAUCCUGCGCGGCCUGGGUGAGAACACGGAGCGCCAGGGGCUCCUGAGGACACCGCUGCGCGCGGCCAAAGCCAUGCAGUUCCUCACCAAGGGCUACCACGAGACCAUAUACGACAUCCUUAAUGAUGCCAUCUUUGAUGAAGAUCACGACGAGAUGGUUAUAGUCAAAGACAUCGACAUGUUCUCCCUCUGUGAACACCACCUAGUACCAUUCUUUGGCAAGGUUCACAUAGGAUAUUUGCCAAGUAAAAAAGUGGUUGGCCUUAGUAAGCUUGCCAGGAUUGUGGAAAUCUACAGCCGCAGACUUCAAGUACAAGAGCGUUUGACAAAGCAAAUCGCCAUGGCAAUCUCUGAGGCCUUGCAGCCAGCAGGAGUAGCUGUAGUCAUUGAGGCAGCUCACAUGUGCAUGGUCAUGCGUGGAGUCCAGAAGAUGAACAGCCGCACGGUGACCAGUACCAUGCUGGGAGUGUUCAGGGAAGACCCAAAAACCCGGGAGGAGUUCCUGGCCCUGAGCAAGAACUCAUAGUACCAACCGCUCUGUUCUGCCGAUCUCCUCAAACCUGAGCAGCACCUCUGUAGAGCAACUCUGGCAAUGCAAACUGAGCUUUACUGAGCCGAGCCAUGCCAUACACCUCUGAUGAUACAACUCAUGCUUUGGUGACUCACGACAACUCAAAUCAGUGCUUGCUUUUAGGGCAAGUAUUUGUAGGUUCCUGAAAAAUCAAUACCUAUAAAACUUUUUAUGGUGCUUUUAGAUCCUUACUGAGCCAGAGCUUUAAAGCUGGCCAUCAGCCACCUAGUUCCAUUUUCAAUGUACUGUAUUGCCUACAGCAGAACCUCAGGUGUCCUCACUGAUUGUUACCAGCACCACUCUAUCCAAUCUAAUGGACGAAAUAAUGAAUAUUACCUGUCAUACAUCACCUCAAUCAUAAGUAGUGCUUGGGAGUUUUAGAGCUAAACUCUGAAAUGCUUUUUGGUUCACUAUUAUUAAUUAUUUACUUUUAUGAUCUACAUAGCUUUGUGAAUUUUAUAAUGUUAUCCAAUAAAGCUCUUGCCAUAUACAGAUCAUUUGAAUUAUAGCUGCCUUAAAGACUGACAAAUGAAUUAUUUUUGCCUUCAUAUUAAGUUCAUUUAGUGAUCAUGCAGUGUUCUUGCCUCCAUUGUCUUUCUGUCAUUGUCAUUGACUCUUUGCAGGCGACUGUUUGAGUAUCUUACUUAUUACUGCAUUUGUGGCAUCUGCAAAUGCACACAAAACCAUUUUAAUUGUAUCUUGACAAACCUGGUAGUGCAGACCACACAGGACUUGUUCAAGAUGAAGCACUUGUAAUAUUUCUGUAUAUUAUGCGAGUUCCCUAUUUAAAUAUGUUAUACAGAAUCACAGGCCCUUUGAAACCAGCAUCUGAAUGAAUAACCUUCUGCCUUUAGAUACAUGCAUGGAGCCUGAAGACAUUUUCACAGCAAACUGGUGUGACAGAAAGAACUGGUAUAUAUUUUGUAGUGUAUACGAAGACCAAUGAUUUAGUGUCAAUUUCUGUCCUCUGCACAAUCUUUUGAUGAAAUUGAAGCACAUGUGGUGUUUGGUUUAAAUCUGAGCCAUGUAUUCCUGUGAAAUGUUAUUGUAAUUAAUACAUACGCUGUAACUUGUGCAGACUACAUAAAAGUUUUCUGCUGUUGUUGUACUGCCAUUGAAAUAUUGUGCAUUACUAAGUUACUGUCUAGUUAGGUUACAUUGUUAAAAUAAAACCCUGUAAUAUAUUCCCAAAAUAAUUAAAUGCUGUUAUGAAAUA